AUGCUAAUGAACGUUCGAAAGAAUAAAAUUAAUAAUUUAUUAAGAAAAAUAAAAUAUACGUAUGAAAAAAACUGGAUGAACGAUGGUAAGGAAAAUAAGAAGAAGGAAAAGGUGUUAGUACUAGGGUCAGGAUGGGGAGGUAUUAAUUUUUUGUUGAAUAUUGAUUUUAAUAAAUACGAUGUAACUUUAAUUUCUCCUCGAAAUUAUUUUACGUUUACUCCUUUAUUGCCAUGUUUAUGUUGUGGUACGUUAAGUGUAAAUGCAUGUAGAGAAAGUGUGAGCAGAUUUUUAAAAAAAAAUGGAUGUUCAGGUAAUUAUUUACAACUCGAAUGUACAGAUAUAAUGUAUAAAGAAAAAUAUGUAAAAUGUAUGGAUAGUAACAAUGAAGAGGUAAAUAUUAUGUAUGAUUAUUUAAUAAUUGCAGUAGGAGCAAAGACAAACUCAUUUAAUAUUAAAGGGGUAGAAAAAUAUGCUUUGUUUGUUAAAGAUGUAGAUGAUGCUUUACGGAUAAGAAGAAAAUUCUUAGAAAAUUUAGAAAUGUGUACAUUUGAAAAAAAUAAUGUAAUAUCAGAUGAAAAAAAAAAAUAUAUGCUUCAUGUAGUGAUUGUAGGAGGUGGUCCUACCGGUGUAGAAGUAGCAGGGGAAUUUGCUGAUUUUGUUAAUAAGGAAAUCCGAAAAAAAUAUGAUGAUAUUUUCCCACUUAUUUCUAUUAGUAUAAUUGAGGGAGGGAAUAAUUUACUUCCAACCUUUACACAAAGCAUAUCUGAUUUUACAAAAAAUAAUUUUAAAAAUUUAAAUAUAAAUGUACUGACAAAUUAUUAUGUAACCGAGGUAGAUGAACAAUAUUUUACCAUUCAGUCAAGUGUUAAUAAAAAUGAAAAGAAAAAAAUUCCAUAUGGUCUAAUUAUAUGGGCAAGUGGAUUAGCACAAACACCACUUGUUAAUAAUUUUUUAAAAAAAAUACCUGAACAAGUUAAUAAUAAAAUUUUAAAUGUCAAUUCUCAAUUAAACGUUAUAGGAAUAAAUACUAAUAAUAUCUUUGCCAUAGGAGAUUGUAAAAAAAUACAACCACUUCAGUUACAUCACCACACAAAUGAAAUCAUUCAAUUUUUAAAUUGUUCUAAGUUAACAUCUGAUACCUUGAAAAUAAAAGCAGAAAAAUUGGCAAUGACCUUUCCACAGGUAAGUGAAUCCAAAUGGGAUUAUAUAAAAAAUAAAACAGGGGAUAUGAAUGAACAACAAUUUCAUGAUUAUUUAUAUCAAAUAGAUCAACAUUAUAAAUCACCGAGCCCGACUGCACAAAAUGCUAAACAAGAAGCUCGUUAUUUGUCUCAUGUAUUUAAUCAUAUUCUACCAGGUAAAAAUGAUCAGUUACUCAUUCCAUCAUUUCAAGAAAAAUGGAAAGGCUCUUUAGCAUAUAUAGGAAAUCAUCAAGCCGUUGCAAAUCUUCCUUUUUACGAAAUUAAAGGAGGUCUCUUUUCCUUUACCUUUUGGAGGAUGGUCUAUAUUCAAUUAAUGCUAACAUGGAAAACUCGUUACUUCUUUUUCAUCGACAGUUUGCGCACGAGGAUAUGCGGGCGUCCCUUUGUUAAGUGA